AUGGAGCAGGAUUGUGUCGCCGGUUUGUACCGAUCACUGGGUAUGUGCGCCGGAGCCCAGUUUUCCUCUGAGGAUGUGAGUCUCCUCUACGGCAAAGUGUUUCAUGUCCCUUCCAACACAGAUGAAGCACACGUGGCCAUGAGGAAGGGCCAAAGCCUGACAGUUAGAGGUCAGGCCUGGGGCUGCGUCUCCCUGUCAGACGUCCUCCUCUUGGUGGAAGUGAAGUACGAUGUGGUGACCCACUUGCUGUUUACAGAAAUGCUCCAGGAACACUACACUCUGAGUAUCUGGGAGACCCUGCUGCCAUGGCAACAAUGUAAGGAAGAGGAGGGGCUGGAGGACCUUGCAGAAGAAGCUUUGGAGUCAGGUGACAUGCUACGAUUGGCUGAGCUGCCAGGAGCAUUCAGGAUAUACAGGCUGGACAGGGAGAACCUGAAACUGUUGUGUCUGUACAUCAGUUUAGCAACUCUGAGAGCUCAGAGAGAAAAAAAGUCUUACGGCGCUCUUCUGGCAGCUCGGCAGUCCUGGGAGACAUGGCAGCAUGUUAGGAGCCCCUGCAGAGCAGAGCAGGCUGCUCUGUGGCUACAUGGUGACGAGGAAGAGCAAAAGAGAGACGAUGUCUCAUUAUCACCACAGCAGCAGGCAGUGCUGCAGUUGCUGGUGCUGACUCAGGAGCAGGAGAGGAAGCACCUGGUCAAGUUGGCAAAUGGGGUCUCCAUAGAGGAUUUACAAGAGCCAGGUUGCACAAUGCCUCAUAAAGAGGAUAGUCAUCAGCAAGCUGCUUUAAGAAGUGGCUUUAUAAAAAGGCUGAGACAAAUCCAUACCGGCCUGCAGAUUCAGAGUCCCUUAAAGCAAGUAAACCAUCAGCCCAAAAUGCAGGCCCACAUAAGCAGUAAACCGGCGAUGUGGUACCAACACGAGCUGGAGGAGUGUUCCCUGCUCCUCUUGACCCAUCUGGUGGAGCUUCAGGAGGUCCAAGCUUCUGCUUUACUGCCAGCAUUGAUGGACACGAGCGCGCAUCGACUCCAAGCUCUGCGAGCUGAGUAUGAAUCUCAACUUCAAGCACGGCGCUACACCAACCUACUCCACCUGAUCUCGGAUGGCCCGCUUACUUCAGGCACUCCUUAUCCGAACUUAACUGAAAAUAGCAGCAAAGAGCAACUCACAGCUCAGUCUUGCCGCAGCGGUAUGCUCUAUGUUCAAAACAGCCGUGGUGGGCCAGCUGAACCCUCAACAAUCAGCAGAGAACAAAAAGAGGCGCACGCUGCAGAAUGGACUGACAAACAGGAUGUCUGCACAGGCUGUGGAGCGGUCAUGGAGGACCUGCCCUACUUGGAGAUCUUGUGUGUAUCAGAUGCAGCUCAUCAGAGUCCCGCCGCAGACGGAGCACAGGAAGAAGAAGACGUGGGCAGUUAUGAGAAACAGGGCUCGCUGAUCGCCCUGGCUUGGAGCAAACCACCAGAGGAUGACACUGAGUUUGAGGUAGAGGCUGCAGUUAGAGGCACGGAUCAGAGCCAGGACGAGCAGCCAAGUGACACAAGCUGCACAGCUGGACACACACAGAUUGAGGAGACUUCUGGAGAGACGGACAGAGAUGAGAAAUCUGCAGGUCAUCCUGACACACAGUCUGCACAUCAGCACUGCCACACAGGACAGUUGACCUCGGAGGAGAGAGCAACAGCUGAUCAACCACAGACAGGAGAUUCCGAAUGCGACCUGCAACCACAUCUGUCAGUUGACUCACCUGAGAUUCAGCAGCGUGCUGGUGACCUCUGCUCCGAAAUGCCCAGUGAGACAGUUAAUGUGGAGAGAGAAGAGCUUGAGGUGGAAAUGUGUCUCACUGCAACAGAGUCCGAGCUGUGGGAGCUCAGAGGGCCUGAUCCUGCUCAUGCUGAGGACCAGACAUAUAACUCACAAGCCACAGUUGACCGUGACCCUGAAGAGAGGGAGGCCAUGGAGAGAGAAAGGACAAUGCGCAACCUGGUGGACAUGCAAAGAAAGGUGGAACAGAGGCAGCAGAGAGAUCGAGAGAGACAGCUGCUGAGGGUUCAGGAGCGUCUGUCGAUCAUCCAGAGCAGAAAGGCAGAGGAGGACUUGCUGGGCCUGAAACACACAGACAGGCUACGGCACCUCACACAAGAUCUACCACAGGAGGAUAAGAACCAGCAGAAGACAGUUGUUAGAGAGCGACUGGAGCAGCUGAGAAGAGAGCGCUCUUAUGUCAUGCAGUCUAAGCGAGAUCGGAAUACUGCAGGAUUUAAGGAACUCUUGGGUCCAGUAGCUCUUCACAGCAGAGAGACAGAUAAUGAAGCAGACUGACAAACUGCAGCUGCUUAAAUUACUUUCUAAUUAAAAUGGAAUUUUAAAGAAAUACCUUACCCACAGUAUGAUCAUCUGCAUAUCAAUCAGUCCCCUUGUGCUGCAUUUAAUUUGCAUGCCUUCACAGUGAAUACAGGAUCCAAAAAGGGAGAAAAGACUAAAGUAAAAGGGGAACCACAUUUAAAACCCUGUCUUACUCACUACUCUAAACUCUCUAAUACCAGUGUUUGGUCAGUGGCCCCCAGCGUCAGAUACUGACGCACAGAGACACCUUUUUAGUCACGGCAGGAGACCCACCAGGCUGCAGUAUUUUUUGCUGCUCUGAUG